AAAGGAGGUCUCAAAAGAAACGAGGAGGUGAACGAGACCAAUCCCAGUCAGAAGGAGAUCUUAGGACCAACAAGGCAUUGAUUGGGACCAUCUGCAGUCAGGGGGGGAUGAAUGAUGAAGAGUUGACUUAAGAAUGAAUGACUUCCUGUUGCAAGUCUUCUCCUGCUCCUGGUGUCCACUUUCAUUAUCACUUCAAAAUCUUCACAAAUGCAUCAGGAUUUCUCUUUGACCAGCAGUAAGAUGUCAGACUGUUGAAUUCAGGAAAAAUGAAGUGUGAAAAUAUGGAAUCCAAACCAAGCUCCAGUGUUUAUAACACUCUCCACACUCAGAAAUCUACUGGUGAGGGGAAGACUCACCACUGCUCAGAGUGUGGGAAGAGCUUUACUCAAAAGGGGAAUCUCAAAGUGCACCAGCGCAUUCACACGGGAGAGAAACCGUACUACUGCUCAACCUGUGGAAACAGCUUUCGUGACAGAUCUACUUUCAGAACACACCAGCGCAUCCACACGGGAGAGAGGCCGUAUUGCUGUUCAGACUGUGGAAUGAGUUUUGGUGAUAGAGGUACUUUCAGACAACACCAGCGCAUCCACACAGAAGAAAAACCGUAUCAGUGCUUAGAGUGCGGCCAGAGUUUUAAAAAAGCAGGCUGUCUCCGAAACCAUCAGCGCAUUCACACAGGAGAGAAACCGUAUAACUGCUCAACGUGUGGAAGAAGUUUUCGUGACAGAUCUGCUUUCAGAACACACCUGCGCAUCCACACAGGAGAAAAACCGUAUUACUGCCUGGAAUGUGGAAAACAUUUCCGCGACAGAUCUACUUUCAGAAAACACCAGCACAUUCACACGGGAGAAAAGCCGCAUCACUGCUCAGAGUGUGGAAAGAGUUUUAGUCGACUGACUCGUUUCCAACAACACCAGCGCAUUCACACAGGAGAAAAACCGUACUAUUGUUCAGAGUGUGGGAAGAGUUUUAGUCGACUGACUAGUUUCCAACAGCACCAGCGCAUUCACACGGGAGAAAAACCGUACUAUUGUUCAGAGUGUGGGAAGAGUUUUGCUCGGUGGAGUACUCUUAAAAUCCACCAGCGUAUCCACACAGGAGAGAAACCAUAUCACUGCUCAGAGUGUGGGAAAAGCUUUAGUAAGAUGUGUCAUCUUAAAACACAUCAGCGCAUUCACACAGGCGAGAAACCUUAUCACUGCUCAGAGUGUGGGAAAAAAUUCACCAAACCAUCUCAUCUCCAAAGACACCAGCACAUUCACACAAGAGAGAAGCCGUAUCACUGCUCAGCGUGAGCGGAGCUUCAGGCUCUUGAACGCUUUAAAGACACACAAAUGUUCUCAGAGAGAUGUGAACAUUCAAGACAUUCUGGGAGAUGUGGAAGGUUUUUGUAUGAUUUUCAUUGAAGUAUUUCUGUUUGCUUCACACAACUGGUAAAACCUGUAUAUAUGUGAUUUAAAUAACUUCUAAGGAAGGUAGACUGUAAUUGUUACAUUGAUUUUUUAUGUUGAAACAUAUGCAUCCAUUGUUUAUUCAAGGAUGUUACAUUUUUAUCUGUGCAUUAUGUGUGUGCUCUGCUUCCUUCUUGUUUUCUGAACAAACAUUUGCUAAGAAGGUUGCUCUGACUGAGGUAAGGACUUGUUCAUGCUCAUCUCCAGAAGAUCCCUGGAGGCAUGACUACACUGCUAUGGAACCAGAGAAGAUUGCUUUUCCUGAUGUUUUUUGAGACAGUUUGAGCGUGACUGAGAUGGAUGUGAGAAACCUGAGAGGACCUCAUCUUUGUGUACUAAAGUUGUUUAGUGACUUUGUGUCGAGUUAAAGGAAUCAUUCUCUGAUAGGUCUUUGAACUCAUUAGUACUAUUACACAUCAUGUUAUAGCCAUAGACUUUGCUCUGUAGCAACACAUUUAAAAUUUGAUGCAUACAGUGACUAAUUUGCAUAAAGUAUUAAACUAGCUGAACUUCUUGUGAAAUA